AUGCACUUCUCCCUGCUCGUGGGAGUCGCUGUCGGCCUGGGCGCCAUAGUCGGCGCCUCUGGCGUCCUGGAAGUGGACCUGGUUUUCCCGCGCAACGAAACCUAUGCGCCCACCGACUAUUUCCCUGUGGUCUUUGCCCUCCAGAAUGCCGAGCGCGCGCGAUACCUUAAAUCCCAGCUGAAGCUCCAGAGACACCAGGAUUGCUGCGACGAGGACGGCUUGUCCAAGAAUCCUGUCCGGGGCAAUAUAAUCCGCAACUCGACAAACCGGUCGACCUCUUUCACCAUCAAGAAUUCCGGCCUCAAGGUGGAUCUCGUUGCUGCUACAGCCAACAAAUCCUGCCCCGGCGAGGACAACGGCGUUGCUAUCAAUGUCACCGAUAAAACCAUGCUCGUUCCCUGGGGUGGUGGACUCCUCUACCCCGACGCCGACACCCGAUCCCUGUCGCGUCGAGAUCGACUCGUCCAUACGGCGAGUAUGGAAGCCUCCUUGAGAGCCCGUCUGUGCGACAAAUUCAAGACCGUGAACCCGCCCGCUGAUUGCCCAGACGAUGAGAAUGCCGCCCAGCAACUGGCGGUUUUCGGCAUAUCCUGCCUGCUCGCUGCAUUGUGA